UCUGCUGGAUUCAAAAGCAAUUCAGGGAGAAUUAGGAUGGAUCUCCUACCCAUCACAUGGGUGGGAAGAAAUAAGUGGUGUUGAUGAGAACUAUACUCCAAUCAGAACCUACCAGGUUUGCAACGUAAUGGACCACAGUCAGAACAACUGGCUGAGGACAAAUUGGAUACCGCGUAACUCAGCUCAGAAGAUCUACGUGGAGCUUAAGUUUACCCUGAGGGACUGCAAUAGCAUUCCACUAGUUUUGGGCACUUGCAAGGAGACUUUUAAUCUGUAUUAUAUGGAAUCAGAUGAUGACUAUUCGGUCAAGUUUAGAGAACACCAGUUUACAAAGAUUGAUACUAUUGCUGCUGAUGAGAGCUUCACUCAGAUGGAUCUUGGGGAUCGAAUCCUUAAACUGAAUACUGAGGUUCGUGAAGUAGGACCUGUCAGCAAGAAGGGAUUUUACUUGGCUUUUCAAGACGUGGGAGCAUGUGUUGCCUUAGUAUCAGUGCGAGUGUACUUCAAAAAGUGCCCUUUCACUGUAAAGAACCUGGCCAUGUUUCCAGACACAGUACCAAUGGAUUCCCAGUCAUUGGUGGAAGUGCGGGGUUCUUGUGUUAAUCAUUCCAAAGAGGAAGACCCACCCAAGAUGUACUGCAGUACAGAAGGUGAAUGGCUAGUUCCCAUAGGGAAGUGCUUGUGUAAUGCUGGCUAUGAAGAAAGAGAUUAUGCCUGCCAAGCUUGCCGACCAGGUUUUUACAAAGCCUUUGCUGGUAAUGUCAAGUGUGCAAAAUGCCCGCCGCACAGCUCUACAAACUUAGAAGGUUCUACAAACUGCAGGUGUGAAAAGAAUUACUUCCGAUCUGAGAGAGACCCUCCAUCAAUGGCUUGCACGAGACCACCUUCUGCUCCCAGAAAUGUUAUCUCUAAUAUCAAUGAAACAUCAGUCAUUCUCGACUGGAGCUGGCCUUUGGACACAGGAGGCAGAAAGGAUGUCACUUUCAACAUUGUAUGCAAGAAAUGUGGGGGAACCACCAAGCUAUGUGAACCAUGUAGUGCUAAUGUAAGGUUCCUUCCACGUCAGAUUGGUCUCACGAAUACCUCUGUGACUGUGGUGGACCUUCUGGCUCACACAAAUUACACGUUUGAGAUAGAUGCUGUCAAUGGAGUAUCCGAUAUGAGUAUCUUCCCAAGACAAUUUGCCGCAGUCAGCAUUACGACCAAUCAAGCCGCACCAUCCCCUAUUACGAUAAUCAGAAAAGACCGGACAUCAAGGAACAGUGUCUCUCUUUCCUGGCAAGAACCUGAGCAUCCAAAUGGGAUCAUCUUGGACUAUGAAGUCAAAUACUAUGAAAAGCAGGAACAAGAGACAAGUUACACCAUUCUGCGAGCAAAAGGCACCAACGUUACCAUCAAUGGCCUCAAACCAGACACUACUUACAUUUUCCAAAUUAGAGCCCGAACUGCUGCAGGAUAUGGGACCAACAGCCGCAAGUUUGAGUUCGAAACCAGUCCAGACUCUUUCUCCAUCUCCAGCGAGAAUAGCCAAGUUGCAAUGAUUGCUGUUUCAGCUGCCAUAGCAAUUAUUCUGCUGACAAUUGUCGUUUACAUCCUUAUUGGGAGGUUCUGUGGACAUAGUAAAUCAAAACAUGGAGCGGAUGAGAAGAGGCUAUACUUUGUAAAGCUCCCAGGACUUCGAACAUACGUGGAUCCACAUACAUACGAAGAUCCCAAUCAAGCUGUCCAUGAAUUUGCCAAGGAGCUAGAUUCAUCUAGUAUAGCUAUUGACAAAGUUGUUGGAGCAGGUGAGUUUGGAGAAGUAUGCAGCGGCCGCCUGAAACUUCCUUCUAAAAAGGAGAUUUCAGUAGCAAUUAAAACCCUGAAGGUUGGAUACACAGAAAAGCAGAGAAGAGAUUUUCUAGGAGAGGCAAGCAUCAUGGGACAGUUUGAUCACCCCAACAUUAUCAGAUUAGAAGGAGUUGUCACCAAAAGCAAGCCUGUCAUGAUUGUUACGGAGUAUAUGGAAAAUGGUUCUUUGGAUAGCUUCCUCAGGAAACACGAUGCUCAGUUCACUGUCAUUCAGCUCGUGGGAAUGCUUCGAGGAAUUGCAUCUGGCAUGAAGUACUUGUCAGACAUGGGCUAUGUCCAUCGCGACCUAGCUGCCCGCAACAUUCUCAUCAAUAGCAACCUGGUGUGCAAGGUGUCUGAUUUUGGCCUGUCCCGUGUUUUGGAGGAUGAUCCCGAAGCUGCGUACACAACAAGGGGAGGUAAGAUUCCAAUCCGAUGGACAUCACCAGAAGCCAUUGCGUACCGCAAGUUCACGUCAGCCAGCGAUGCCUGGAGCUAUGGGAUUGUCCUUUGGGAAGUGAUGUCUUAUGGAGAGAGACCAUACUGGGAAAUGUCCAAUCAAGAUGUAAUUAAAGCUGUGGAAGAAGGUUAUCGCUUGCCACCACCCAUGGACUGCCCAGCUGCCUUGUAUCAGUUGAUGCUGGACUGUUGGCAAAAAGACAGAAACAACAGACCGAAGUUUGAGCAGAUUGUCAGCAUCCUGGACAAGCUGAUCCGUAAUCCCAGCAGUCUAAAAAUAAUCACCACUGCGGCGGCAAGGCCAUCAAAUCUUCUUCUGGACCAAAGCAGCAUUGAAAUCUCCGCUUUCCGCUCAACAAGUGACUGGGUCAAUGGCAUUCGGAUAGGACAAUGCAAGGACAUAUUCACAGGAGUAGAAUACAGCUCGUGUGACACAAUAGCCAAGAUUUCCUCAGAUGACAUGAAGAAAGUUGGUGUGACGAUUGUUGGGCCACAGAAAAAGCUUGUGAGCAGUCUUAAGUCUCUAGAAAUGCAUACGAAAAAUGGCCCUGUUCCUGUGUAAACUGCCAAAAUGUUGACACUCAGGACAUAAUGAGAGGAAGCAAGGAAGAGUUAUUGCAAAGGUCAUGACAACGAAUGCAAAACUGCAAGUCUUAAGAGACACUCUUGUGACAAUGUAGAAAAAAAUAAAAUUUGGGUGAAAAUUGCAAGCCCACUAAGAGACUCAUAAGAUGAGUUAAAUUGCCUUAAAAUAGGAAUGAAAAACAUUUCUUUUUCUAUUUCUUAAUCUUGAAGGAGGGGUGUUUUUUUCCCUCCUCUGUCAUAAUGGACUGCUCAAACGUAUAAUGAAUUUGAAGGGAAAUGUUAUACAUGUGUUUUAAAAUCCUUCCAGGUAACCCAGAGCCAUUCAAAUGUCAAUGGGCUGAAUGCCACAAACAGGAAGCAAAUAAACUGUGGAUGUAAUGCUGUGUUUUGACUGAAUGUCAGCAGCAGCAAGGGAAAGGAUACCCCUGCAGUAUUUUUUUUUUAUUUGUGGAAAAAAUAGACAACUAGCAUUUUAUUUCUUUAAAACAAGUCUUCUUAAGGAUAUUUGGGGAUGAUAUUCUUUGCAAUAUUACAUUUUGACUGUAGAAGAAAAUCAUGAAUAAUGUGCUUGGGAUAACAUGGAGGCAAUAGUUCACAAUUAAUACUUGCUAUGGGGCUCACUUUGAUGUAUGUGUGCUGUUUUUUAAAAAACAGAGGGUCUUCCUUUAUAAAAGGCCUAUUUAUUUCCUUUUUAAAUGUUUUCUUAUUGUUUAUAUUUAUAUGUGGUUUGACUGGGAUUGAUGACUUCAGAAUGCCAAAUUCUCUUAGACUUUGGCUGCGAUCCGAAUAUUUGAAAUAAAGUCCCAUGAAACUAAUGAAACGUACUUCCAGAAACAAUCCCCAGUCUGGGAAAAGUGUUGUCAUGCUGAGAGGUCUAAAUAAACACAUACACAAAUGUCUACAAAUACAGAAACUUCCAUACAUGAUGCACUACAUAGUGCAGGCCAAGGAACCAUAUAAUAAUGCUUUACAAACAGAAUAGCCUCAGUGAGCUCCACAUACUAGCACAAAUGUGCAUAAUUGCAUGCACUUACAUGCUUGCAGCAGACUUUUAACUUGGGAUUGUGGCAGAUUUUUUAGCAAAUUCUAUGGUGCACUAUUUGGUGAUGAACUAACUCAUUUCUACUGCUCCAGGGUGCAAAAAAGAAAAUGCCUUUUUGUAAUUCUUAUACUGUUGGCAUCCAUUUAGAAAAAUAAUAAUGGUAUGUAUCUCAGGCUGCAAUCCUAAACAUACAUCCUUAACAGGAUCCUCAGCUCUAAAAGCAGACGUUUAGGGAUUAAUCCACUAUGGAAUACAGGAACUUACUUCUGAGUAAAGAAGCAUUUGAUUGAACAUUCAGUGCUCUUGCAAAAUAAUAGCUUUACAAUGGCCCAAAUCCUCUUGUCUAGUUAUGCUGGUGUAACAAAAAUGGUGUAACAUUCGUAGGUAAAUUGCCUUCAUUUAAGAAAUCACUGUUAACAUUAUCUGCUGUAUACUGAGUUGUGUGAUUCUGUGUGCCAAUAAUAUCUGAACAUCUUUCACUGUAAUAAGCAGCAGUGUUGAAGAUGAAUUUAAUAUGAAAGAACCACAGGCUUAAAAUGGAUUGUGAAAUUAAAACAAUAUGUGAUCAGAUUUCAGGAAGCAUAAAACAAGCAUUGCAAAAUACUUGCACCCAGACAUUAGUACUAGAGUAUCUUCCCGGUAUAUCUUUGGGAUAUGGUGCCAUGUGCUAUCCAACUGACACAGCAGGAACUCCAGGCCAUCUUAAGCUAGCGUUCAGGUCUGAUGCAAGGAUUUGCCUCAGACUAAUUGUGUCAUCAGCACCUUCAUUUUAUUUGCAUUUAAUAUUCAGUUCUCGGUGCAAAGGUUCAUGUUAUCAGGAAGUAAUUUAGAACAAUAAUCAUUCUGUGUAGGUUCUCUGUAGGGCCAUGUGGAACAGAUUGUCCUGGAGGUGACCUUAAAUGGGUGUCAAAGAAAGAAAAUGAUUCAUUAGCAGGUUUUCAGAAUAAAUUUUAGCCUCAUGUGCUAUUCAGUCAUUAUAGACUCAACUAUUGCCAGCAUGGUUAAAAGAAAUAAUGUAGUUUACCCAGCCUCCAUCAUUGUUUUCUCUACAAGAGCAAGAAUCUAGAUUUUCUAUGGUUCUUACUCCUAUGUAGAGCCUACAAGUGAAUAAGAAUCUCUCUAUAGAUUUAUCAUUUCUCACAUGAAGUAACUGAAGAUGGAGCAAUAGUACUAGGCAAAGUACUCUCACUGUAUUGAAAAUACUAGAUUUCUAGAGUGGCUGAAUAGAGCUUUGCUUAUUCUUCACUCUUUCUCACUGUUUAGUAAUCUUUGCUCAGUAUGAGGGACUGAUUCCAUUGUUUCUUCAGGAGAAAAUUCCUUUUUCACAGAGGGUUUUUAAACAGCUUUUGGUCUUCUCUUUCUUACACUUUUUGUACUGUCCCACGGCCUCCUAUAUCCUAUAUUGCCCUUCUCCCCCUGUACAUAUGUAAACAUAGCAGUGUACAGUUCUUAACUGUGGAGUAGAAGAAAUAGAACUUUUGUGGCCAUCUUCCUGUACAGGACCUGCUUUUGGUUAUUAUUUACAUCAAACAAGCAACACAAAAGUCUUCACAAAGAAUAUGUACCAUAUUAUUGAUUUUGUACCUUUAAAAUAUUGUUUCUACAUAUAUUAUUUAUUUCUCUUAACAUAUAACAUAGGCUUUGCUGUACUGUAGGAUCCAGUAAGCAAUGUAUAGUUGUGAUUUGAACUGGGAAAUCUGCAUUUACUUUUAACGUUUAUUUCAAAGCAUUACUUACUCAGUUAGUGAAUUAUGUUGUGCAAUUGUAGAUGGCCUGUUACUAAUGUAAAAUGAUUUG